ACGCUCAAGUGUUUGCGUUUCUCCUGGUACCUUGUUUUUAAGUUGUUAUAGAUUAAGUAAUAUACCUCUGGAAAUGGGUGAUCGAUACAAUAUUCAUACCCAGUUAGAACAUUUGCAGUCGAAAUAUGUUGGUACAGGUCAUGCUGACACCACCAAGUGGGAAUGGCUAACAAACCAGCAUAGAGAUAGUUGUGCAUCCUAUCUGGGUCACUUCGACACACUUAACUUGUUUGCUAUAUGCGAAAAUGAGUGCAAGGCGAGGGUUCGAUUUAACCUUCUCGAGAAAAUGCUUCAGCCAUGUGGCCCUCCUCCAGAACGUCCUGAGGCAUAAUUUAGUUCUUAAUUCAAAUACUCCAUAGUGUAUUCCAUCAAACUACAACCUCUAACACUUGGUUUUGCCUGAUAAGACCCAAAUAUACGAAAAACAAGA